AUGAUCUUCAGGUACCACAGCUUUAACCCCAUUGACGAGCUGUCUGGACGCUCCUGGUUGCGCUCCUGGGGCUCGGCGGACUCUGUAGAUAACCCUGCCUUCUCCCGCUCCACCGACAUCCUCCACCUGAGGGCACUAGAGAGGCCCUGCUGUUACCACGAUGACAGCCUGUCCCUGUCCUCCACCUGCCCGAGCCCUGGGAUCCACAUCCGCACCGUCCUCGCACAAAGCUCGCAGUGCGCCUGGCGGGGCAGCGACCUGAGCCUCGCCGAUGGUGUCAUGGACUCAGGGAAGAACAGUGAUCUGUCUGUGUGCAGUUGGCCAGUGGAGCCCAUACAGUGGAACCCCUUCCCCCUACUGCAGCAGCUAUCCAGAGAAAAGACCCCUGUGGUGAAGGCGUCCCGGCCGCGCUCCUGCUGCGACGGCAUGGAGCUACUGGAUGUGACCAGGAGCUGGACUGCAUGA